GACAAAGCGAAGGCAGUUUCUCUCUGGGUUCCAUUAAGUCCUGGAGGUCCCGGGCAUUUGAUGGUCACAGGGAGAGAACACGGGGCCAGGACCAUGGGGCUGCUCCCACCUCUGCUCCUGCUCGUCAUCCCAGGCUGUUUCUGCAUCAACGGCCCGUUGUCUGUGAGAGGGUCAAAAGGGGACUCGUUGACCAUUCAGUGUCACUACGACCCAGGAUGGGAAACCUACAAGAAGUGGUGGUGCCGUGGAGAGGCCUGGGGUUCCUGCGAAAUCCUCAUUGAAACCACUGGGUCAGAGCAAAAGGUGCAGAGAGGCCGAGUGUCCAUCCAGGACGACCACUGGAGGAACUUGAUCACCGUGACCAUUGAAGAGCUCUGGGACAGCGACAGAGACACCUACUGGUGUGGGAUCGGGAAAUCCGGAACCGACCUGGGGCACCAGGUGCACGUGUUUGUUGGCCCAGACACAUUCGUACUGUCAACAGCUACCUUGACUGUAUCUACGUCACCACAAACAGCUAAACCUGUGACGACACACCCGGCGGCACCUGAGACAUCACUCACACCGGCCAGUCUGGCGCCCUCGCCUCCAGUUGCCCUCAGCAACCACAGCAACUUGUCUCUAACCGGUUUCCCGACCAGGUCCCUGGCCUGCAACAUCCAUUUAGUGCUGCCGACCUUCGUGAAGGUGCUCCUGCUCAUGGGCCUGCUGUGCACUGUGAUGUGGCUGCAGGAGCCCAGGGGUCCCCAGGGGGGAAUAAAGCCCAUCGAAGCAGAAGAACCGCAGCUCCCCUGCCAGGGGAACCCUUACGUCAAACAAGCAGAGCCUGCUGACCUCUUCUCGGGGAAUGGGCAGUGGGUGCCGUUCCAAAAGAGACAAGGGUCCCUGCUGCAGUGAGGCCCCGCUCGUCCUGGCCUCGGGAACAGUCAGCACGACUGCGGACCCUGGCCCCCGCCGCGGGAGCAGAGGAUGGAGACGAGGUGGCGCUGCCCUUGCACACAGGGUCCGCGGAGGCACCUGCGGCCUUGCCCACGUGGGUCCUCCCGCGGCCCCUUUCCUGUGACCCUGCAGGGGCACUGCCAGAGGGGACGACCAUGGCACUGUCCAGGCGCCAUCCAGGACUGCAGCUGAUAAUGGAGUCAAGACUCCAGCCAACCAGCAAGCGCAGAACCUGAAUUAAACCAAAAGCUUCAGAGCGCGUCCACAAGGGCCAAGGCCCCCGCCUCCCGGGCGGGGUGCAGAGAUCCACGGCUUCCACCUUCUGUUGCAUCAGACCCUUCUGGAGAAGCACCUCAAUGUCAAUGAUUAAACGUAGGCUUGGGCUAUGACCCCACCCACAUCCGAUAUGUCUGUGCUGUAUGUUUCCUAUUAAACCUAUGGGUUUC